GAGCAAGGGCUGCAAGGCGGACGCAGAGCGCGCCCAGCCCAGUGCGCGGAGGAGCCGCGGGAGCUUAGGCCCUCCUUCCCCUGCCCUCUCCCCGCCUCGCCCCCACACACCCCUAAACCCCACCCCCAGCCGCCUGUGGGGCCUCUCCUAGGUAAAGCUACUCCAGGAAGUUUCUAUGAAAGCGUCUGAAACCCUAAGUUACCUUUGCCAGGAGAACUCGAGAAAAAAUCCUACACCCACUCAGGUGAGUUGCAGCCGAGAACUUUGGGCUCUGCUGGGAGGAGAAAGGGCAGUUGAGAAAAUCCUUGGACCUGGUGGCGUCGUCUCUUCCUCAUGGCUGCACCCAGCAGCCCUAGCAGUGACUGCUCCCGUGUCAUCGAUCACAGCCAUGUCCCGGAGUUUGAGGUGGCCACCUGGCUCAAAAUUACGCUCAUCCUGGUGUACCUGGUCAUCUUUGUGGUGGGCAUCCUGGGGAACAGUAUCACCAUUCGGGUCACCCAGGUGCUGCAGAAGAAAGGCUACUUGCAGAAGCAGGUGACGGACCACAUGGUGAGUUUGGCUUGCUCGGACAUCUUGGUGUUCCUCAUCGGCAUGCCCAUGGAGUUCUACAGCAUCAUCUGGAAACCCUGGACCACGCCCAGCUACUCCCUGUCCUGUAAGCUUUACACUUUCCUCUUCGAGGCCUGCAGCUACGCCACGCUGCUGCACGUGCUGACGCUCAGCUUCGAGCGCUACGUCGCCAUUUGUCAUCCCUUCCGGUAUAAGGCCGUGUCCGGACCCUGCCAGGUGAAGCUGCUGAUUGGCUUCGUCUGGAUCACCUCCGCCCUGGUGGCAUUGCCCUUGCUUUUUGCCAUGGGUACUGAGUACCCUUUGGUGAACGUGCCUAGCCACCGGAGUCUCGAUUGCAACCGCUCGCGGACCCGCCACCACGAGCACCCCGAGAACUCCAACAUGUCCAUCUGCACCAACCUCUCCACGCGCUGGACCGUGUUUCAGUCCAGCAUCUUCAGCGCCUUCGUCGUCUACCUGGUGGUGCUGGUGUCCGUAGCCUUCAUGUGCUGGAACAUGAUGCAGGUGCUCAUGAGCGGCAAGCCGGGCUCGCGCGACGAGAGCGGGAGGCAGCUGCAGCUGCGAAAGGCCGAGAGCCAGGAGAGCAGAACUGCCAGGAGGCAGACCAUCAUCUUCCUGAGGCUGAUAGUCGUGACCUUGGCCGUUUGCUGGAUGCCCAACCAGAUUCGGAGGAUCAUGGCUGCGGCCAAACCCAAGCACGACUGGACGCGGUCCUACUUCCGGGCGUACAUGACCCUCCUGCCCUUCUCGGACACGUUCUUCUACCUCAGCUCGGUGGUCAACCCGCUGCUGUACAACGUGUCGUCGCAGCAGUUCCGCAGGGCGUUCGCGCAGGUGCUGCGCUGCCGCCUGGCGCUGCCGCACGCCAACCAGGAGAGGCGGCUGCGCGCGCUCGCCGGCCCCGGCCCCGGCGCCCCCUCCGCCCGCCGCCCGCUGCUCUUCGCCUCCUCCCUGCGCCGGUCGCUGCGCGGCUCCUCCGCCAGGAGGCCCGACAGGGUUUUCUUAAGCACGUUCCAGAGCAAGGCCAAACCCGAGGCCAAGCCCCAGCAACCGGGCGUCGAUUCGCCAGAUCCCCGCUCGGAGACGAAACCGGCCCACUCUGCCCCAGAGAAGGGUUUUGGGGAGCAACAAGUUUGAAUGGGGAGUGAGGGGGCUUUGAGCGGGAACCGGCCCUCCCCGCACUAAAGCGGCGUGACCCCCACACAGCGGUCACAAAGGAAACUGUGCCCCCGCCAGGGACGCGAUGGAAGCUAGAGGCUUUGGGACAGGCGGCUGCCCACCUUAGUGACUUCUAAGGGCUGGUUCUGCCAGCCUGGCCUUGGCUCUGGUUACGCACAGCGGGGUGAACUUCCACUCUCUCCCCUUCCUUCGAGUGUACACGCUGGAAACUCAGUCAGACUGAAUUUAUUCAGAGCUUACAAAAAUGCUUUUACACGGAGCUCUUUCGUUAUUUGCAAAGGAACAAAAAGAGAACACACAUUCCCCACCCAGAAUAAAAGGACACCCAGAAGAACCUCGGGGAGGCGGGGGAGCAAGGGCCGCAAGAACAAUGCAGGAGGGGGCGGCAUCUCCUUCAGCUUCAGCACUGUGCCAAGAAG